AUGUCCGAAAACAAGAAGCGCAGAGGCCGUCACAACGACUCAGAGUCAAAUAAGAAGAAUAAGACCAAGGGCUACUGGUCGAAAGCGUCAAAGAACUUCCAGUCCAUCACCGGGAUCGACCCGGGCAUACAGGGCAUUUUCGCCACUUGCGAGAGAGGGCGUGAGCCGAAAUGUGUGGGCGAGCUGUAUGGGCUCUUUGAAAAGUGCGCAAAAGAGCUUUAUGGCCUUGAUCCUCCAGCCGAGGGAGCAGGGAAUGAGGACGAAGAGGAAGAGGAGGACAUUGAGGCUGCGAUUCAGCGCGAGAUCUCAGGCCUUAAGGAGAAGGGUGACAAGUCGAAGAAGCUCUUUCUGAAUGUGAAGCUCGACUUGGACUGUGUUGUGUUUUUCCGUACAAAGGAACCAUGUGUGCCAACGGAAAUGGUACAUGCACUUCUCUCGGGCAAGGUCCAGAGUCAGAGCAUGUGGACACACCGGCUGACGCCGAUCUCAAGGACCGGGAAAGCGACCCCCGAGGGGCUUGAGGAGGUCGCAAGGGAGGUUCUCAAGCCUCACUUCCACGAGGAGGGACAGGAGGUGGUUAAGUAUGCCAUCCGACCUACCUCUCGCAACCACAAUGUCAUGAGCAGAGACGACAUCAUCAAGAAAGUUGCGGAUAUUGUGGGCCCGAAGCACAAGGUUGAUCUCAAGAAUUACGAUGUUCUAAUCCUCGUCGAUAUCUUCAAGAACAUCUGUGGAAUGAGCGUCGUGAGGGACUUUGAAAAACUUGGAAAAUACAAUCUCCAAGUGUCCCGUCAGCUGCAAAGUGGCGAGAAAAAAGACCGGCGAUAA